AUGAAUGCCGGGGCGCUGCGAAGAGCGCUGCCUCCCAGGCUCGCAUCGCAGGCGCAAGAAUCGACAGCUUUUGCUCGGGCUUCUUUGUCGCAAUGCUUCUCGACAUCCGAAACUCUUGUGCGCCAGCCGCAGCUCCUUAGGCCCCCAAUUGCUGUUCCGCGCUCUCUUCCAGCUUUUACUCCCGCCGCAUUUCAUAGUCUUGCAGGAUCUUUACGGACGACUCCAUCGCACUCUGGCGUUUCAGGCCAAUCACCUCUCGGACAUGGACACAUUUUACAGCUGGCUCGGCAAUUUUCUAGCACUUCGCCUGCUGCACGGGAACUUCGGCCAAAUCCUCAGGAUGCGACUCCGCGAACGGUAGAGCCUGUAAAGCAGGCAAAGGAUGCCGAGAACGAAGAAUUCCAAAAGAGCGAAAAGGCAGCUAAUGCGGCGCAAGUCAACCUAGCUGCUCGGUUAUCGAAAGAAGGAAAGGCCCCGGCAAAAGCUGGCAUGAAGGAAAUCUGGAGACUGCUCUCCAUUGCCAAGCCGGAAGCUCGAUGGCUAGGUUUGGCCUUUUGCUUUCUGGUGGUCUCCUCUGGCGUUACCAUGCUCAUACCGUUUUCCGUUGGACGCAUCUUGGAUAUCUCCACCAAGGGCAGCAUCGAUGACGUUGACAUCUUUGGCCUCUCCUUGAACCAAUUUUUCAUCGCUUUGGGUGGAGUACUGACGCUCGGCGCCAUGACCAGCUUUGGACGAAUCAUUCUGUUGCGUAUCAUUGGAGAGAGAGUUGUCGCCAGACUACGAUCUCAGCUCUACAGACGGACGUAUGUUCAAGAUGCCGAAUUCUUCGAUGCUAAUCGGGUUGGUGAUCUCAUAUCGCGACUUGGGUCUGAUUCGGUCAUUGUUGGCAAGUCAAUUACAUCCAACCUGAGCGACGGUCUUCGAGCAAUCUUCAGUGGCGGCGCCGGAUUUGCAAUCAUGAUCUGGACAAGUGCCAAGCUUACCGGUAUCUUAUGUCUCAUGUUCCCGCCCAUUGCUAUUGGCGCCUUCUUUUACGGACGAGCUAUUCGAAAUGUGAGCAGGGCGAUACAGCAAAAUCUCGGUACCCUGACCAAAAUCGCAGAAGAGCGACUCGGAAACAUCAAGACCAGCCAGGCGUUUGUUGGAGAGGUCCAAGAGGUUGGACGGUACAACAAACAGGUCCGCAAGAUUUUUGCUCUUGGUAAGAAGGAAUCAUACAUUGCCGCAACAUUCUUCUCUUCGACAGGCUGGGCCGGCAACAUGACCCUCCUUGCCAUGCUUGUUGUUGGAGGAAAUCUCGUAAGGUCCGGCGCCAUGUCCUUGGGAGACUUGACCUCUUUCAUGAUGUAUACUGCAUUUGCAGGUUCCAGUCUGUUUGGACUUUCGGGCUUCUACUCGGAGCUUAUGAAGGGUGUUGGCGCUGCGAGCCGUUUAUUCGAACUGCAGGAUCGAAAACCCACCAUUCAUCAGACAGUUGGACUUCCCGUCAAGUCUGCCCAGGGCAACAUCCGAUUUUCCAAUGUUCAUUUUGCUUAUCCUACUCGACCCGCUGUAAACAUUUUCAACGGUUUGGACUUUGAGAUUGCAUCUGGAAGCAACGUCUGCGUCGUUGGUCCGUCUGGAGGCGGCAAAUCUACAGUGGCAUCUUUGCUACUGCGAUUUUACAAUCCUACAAGCGGAUCCAUUACCAUUAACGGCGUUGAUAUCUCGACCAUGAACGUCAAAUCGCUGAGGCGACGAAUCGGUGUUGUGUCUCAGGAGCCUGUUCUGUUCUCUGGCACCAUUGCAGAGAAUAUCGCUUACGGAAAGCCACAUGCAAGCCGCGCGGAAAUCAUCUCUGCUGCUAGGAGAGCCAACUGCACGUUCAUCAGCGAUCUCCCUGAUGGCUUAGAAACCCAGGUUGGCGCCCGUGGAUCGCAGCUCUCUGGUGGUCAAAAGCAGCGUAUUGCCAUUGCCAGGGCACUGCUCAAGGACCCUGAUAUUUUGAUUCUUGACGAGGCCACUUCGGCUCUCGACGCAGAAUCAGAGACAUUGGUCAACGAGGCUCUCGCCAAGCUCCUCGGUGGCAACAACACUACGAUAUCCAUUGCCCACCGACUGUCUACGAUCAAACGGUCUGAUCAAAUCAUCGUCCUGAACAAGGAUGGCAUGGUGGCGGAGAUUGGCAGCUAUGUCCAGCUUGCUGCGGAUAAAGGAAGCGCCUUUAGCAAGCUGAUGGAGUGGCAGAUGAGCGGCGGCGAGAUUCCAGUUAAGCGGCCCUCAACGGAAGCUACAAGCCACAUCACCGAAUUUGAGGAGAUUGAAGAGGAUCUUGCUAAAGACGAGGACCUGGAACGAUUUGUCGAAGACACCGAAGAGGCGAAUCGAGAGAAGUCUGCUCAAUCAACAGAAGAUAAAUCAGGGCGUCCCUGA